UUAUAAACCUUUGCUUCUUCAUCUAUAUAGAUCAGAUACACCCAUAUAUCUCUCUCUUCUGAUACAAACAAAACCACCAAGCCCUAUUCACCCCACCCCCACUCCCACUCGAAAGAACAGAACAAAGAUCCUUUGACAGAAGAAUUCUGAAAAACGUAGGAGGGAAGAAGAUGAUGAUGGUGAAAAAACAACCUUCUUGUGUUCCAAACACAACCCCUUCAUCAUCAUCACUAGGUUUAAACAAAGAUUCCCAGACAAUAUACAAACUGAAGCCCAAGAUCCGGAUAAUUCACAUUUUCGCCCCAGAGAUCAUCAAGACCGACGUGGAGAACUUCCGGGAGCUGGUGCAAAGGCUCACCGGAAAGCCACCGGAGAAGCAAAGCAACAGCAAGAAGAGAGCGAGAGUUCCCAGGAAGCUUGCGGCCGAGUCGAGAGGCGUAAUUCCGGCGGCCAAGAAAAUGGAACUCCGAGCUGGGUUCCAACUCGCAGGCUUGAGAGAAAAGAUCAAAGGAGAAGACGAGAUUUGGAGCGGCGCCAACUCCGGCGGCGGUUUCUUGGGCGGUUUGCCGGAGUUCGACGGCUUCAUGGAAGAGCUUAACCAUAUUCCGUUCCCAAUACUCCCUUUGGAUGUUCCGGUCUACAAUCCGGCCGACAACAUUGCCACCUGAUUCCAAACCUGGGGUGUUCCCGGCCGAUCAGCUUAAUGAUGUGAAUUAAGAUCAUGACCGUUGAUUAAUUAUUAUCAUUCCGUAGUUAGUUGUUUUUUUCAGAAUGGUAUUUAGGAUUUAAUUUAAUUAAUUAAUUAAUUAAUAUUCUGU